AUGCUGGGCAUGCUGAGACGCUCCCAGGCGCGCUUGGCGCUUCGCUCGGCACCGCGGCGUGGAGGCUUCGGGUCGCCAAAGGAUCAUGAGCCUGCCUGGAUUGAGCGGUGGGCAGCCAAUAGGCCCGUACGCGCACCCUUGCAGGACAACAUGGAUUGGUUUUUCCGCGCGUUCAACUCGACCCGCAUAUACGAGGCGGCGACAUCUGCGACAGUACUGCUGGAGCCGAAUGUGGGAUCACGUGUGGGACCAUAUCAACCAGGCUGCUUGGGUCACGGCAUCUUAGCCGUUUUGAAAAUGUCUGGCAAGCUGAAGGGCAUUUACGACGCGUUAGACCAUGGAAACUACAAAAACGCAUGUAAACUUUGUGCCACCUUUUUGCAGAAGCAGCCAUCACAUUCGCUCGUUCGAGCGCUUCACGCCAUUGCGCUGGAGCGCUGCGGUCGGAAAGACGAGGCGGUGCAGCUCUGCCAAGAUACUGUCAACGCGGGUGCUGCGGCCUCCAGCGGAGCUGCGUUCAUGGACGAGACCUGUCUCAACACGCUGCAGGUGGCUUUCAGACGCUGCAGGAACUGGGAGGCUGUCGCUGAGAUGUACGAGGCUGCCUACAACAGGGAGCCGGACAUGGAAGAGUACGGGUCGUUUCUCUUCUACACGUACAACCGCUUGCACCAGUUUGCAAAGGCGCAGCAGGUGGCUACCAAGAUGUACGCCAAGUUCAAGAAGGUGCAGCACCUUCUUUGGGUCAUUUCCAGCAUUCUUCUGCAAGUUCGGUUUGGUGGGCCACAAAAGAUGUUGGACCUGGCGGCGAUGAUGCUGCAGAAGGCACCCCUCGGUCUCGAUGGCCUGCAAGACAUGCCCUUCAAUAGAGGAGUCCUUUACCUUUUCUUCCUGCACCUCAGCACGCUUCAGCUGCAAAAGAAGCAGGCGGAGGCCAUCGAGAUGCUGGAGGCCGGCAAGCCGUUGCUGAAGCUGCCUUCGGACCUCUCGGCUCUUCGCGUCCAACUUCUCUGGGAGGCUGGCCGGUGUCAAGAGGCUGUUCUCGAGGCUCGAGCUCAGGUGAUUGCCAGUCCUGGCAGCUGGGCUUCUGCCCAGGACUAUGCUCGGCUUGUCUUCGACUUGCCUUCACCAGAUGGCUUUGAUGCUUCGAAGGGGCACACUGCUCGAUUUUCCGGGAUGCUUCCCUCCGUUGUCUCGUUUGAAGAGUUGGAGUCCAAUUGGACACAGGAUGAGGCACGGAAUGCUCUUUUACUGUUCCGACACCUGCAACAAGUGGAGGAGCAGGGACAGAGCACGGGUGGUGGGAGUGGCGUCAAUCGUGUGGCCUUCCUUGGUGAGCUCGAGCUUCGAAGGUGUGCACUGGCGCGGACACAGCUUGACUCAGUUGCGGUCGACGCUGCAGAUGUCCAGGAGAUGGUGCGGGUCAUGAGCACCUUCGUGCAGCAUUUUGCUGGAAGGGCCCACUGCUUCUUCGACAUGAAGCCGCACCUCGCGUGUCUCUCCGCUGCGGACGCAUCGCCGCUCCUGUCUGCAGCGGCAGCUGGCGAGGAUCGAGAGGCAGCAGUGCUGGAGGCUAGGUUGCGGAGAUCCUUCCGAAGAACGGAGGGGAUGGACGCCGCCGCUGCCGAGCAGUCGGUGGCGGAGGAAGCCGAAGCCUGCCGCUUAGUGGAGACUUGGAUUCGAUUCGGAGGUGGCUCGGGUGCCGAGAACAAGAGCCCUGAAGCCCUGCUGCAGCUGGCAGUGGUGGCUUUAAUUGAGGCAGAUAGGUGGUCGCCCAACAAGGCAGCGGAUCGGCAGCAUCUUCUUGAUGCCGUGGUGCUUGCGCAGUGGGGGCUAACAGAGCAGAAGCAUGCUUUCGGUUUCAAGGUGCUUCUGCUGUUGCUGUACAAUGCGCUGGGCUUGCCGAUGUUGAUGUUCAAAGUGUUCAGCACAAUGGCCAUCAAGAACAUCCAGGUUGGAGGGGAAGGGCAGGGUCUCGAAGCAUUUUCUGCGUUUGUAGGACACUCGUUGACUCUGGUUUACCAAGGUCCAUGUGCUUUGGUUCCCGAUGCUCCCCGGAAAGUUGACUUUCGAAUAAAGGAGGUUUUCGGAAGUUGUCGGACACUGCACAAGUACAAGAGCUCCAGCUUCGAGAUGCUCCAAGUGCAGCCUCCCUUCUCACUCGACGACAAAGGCUGGCGCAUUGCUGGUGAUCGCGCUCGCUGCAGCAUUUGUGACCAAGAGCACGUGAGUGGAUAUCGUCAAAUCUCGAUCUGGAGACUGGAGACGUUCAUGGUGGUUGCCUCGGCUGGCGUCCACGUGCAACUCUUCGCGCUGCUGCUGUGCAGCUUCCAGGGCCUUGCCCAGUCAGGUGCCUAUGCAGCGGUGGAAGGUGAUGAGUACCAGUCCAACUUGCAGGAAGACUUGCCUCCUCCCUUGAAAGAGGAGAUGCACCAACGCCUGGCUGACCUGAAGAACAAGAUGGAGCACGACUUGCACGUCAUUUCGGAGAGUGGGACCAAUGAGCUUCGUGGUCUGAAGGAUGCGCACAUCGCUGAAGAGUCCAAAGCUGAGGAGAAGUUCCGUAGAUCAGAAGAGCGCAGCAUGCAGAAGCAGGCAGGUGCAGAGGAGACAUUGCAGCAUAAGUUGGAGAAGCUGAAGGAUGCGGCCGACAAGGAGCAGGCUCGCUUCGAGCAUUCCGAACAAGAACGUCUCAGCAAGCUGAAGAAGGAGUAUGAUGACGAAAAAGUGAAUGUGCUCGACAAAUUCCGACAUGAAGCAGAACGCGCCCAGACUCAGCCGCAGGCCACUUCGCUUGCGUCUGCAGCUGAUGCAAGUGAGCCGCCCCCUGUCAACAAGUCUGGCGACUGGUGGAAGGUCCUCUCUGCCGAGGAGGAGGAGAAGCUCAGAGAGAGCCUCGAGCAGCUGAAGGAAGGCCUGCAAGACGACGAGGAUGCAAUUGAAAACAAGACGCAAAAGAAGCUGGAAGCCGUGCAGGACAAGUUUUCUCGCAAGGAGAAGAAGGCAGUGGACAAGCUUACGAAGAAGAUUGAGAAGAUGCAGAAGAAGGAAGUCAAAGCGAAGGAGAAGCUGCAGCAAGUGCUUCAAAAGCUGGAGGAGAAGUCGAAAUCCACCCAGAAGAAACUGGAAGAAGUCGGUCCGGAGAUUGUGCAGAAGCUCAAAGAAGAGUACGGGGACAAGAAGUCCGCUCUGGAGCACGAGUUUCAGGAAAAGGCCAAGCAAUUGAAGAAGGAAGAGGAGGAGAAGAAAAAGGAGGAGGAGGAGAAGGCAAAGCGAGAGGAGGAAAGGGAAGAGAAAAAGGAAGAGGAGGUGCUCGCCAAGCAGAACACCUCAAAGCCUACAGCUGCUCCCAAUGCUACGAAGGAGGAUGGCUGGCCGUUGGAGGCGGCUCAAAGCUCCCGCCUCACAAGCUCAGAGCCGGGCCAGCAGCGCCCGGGCUUUCUGGCAUCAUCCUGCUGGCAGCUGCAGCGCCUCAGCUUUCCACAUCGCUUGCACUUGUGUCAAUGUGAUGUCCUCGCCGUCUCUGCAGGCCAUCACAGCUUCGGCCGCAUGGCUUUUCUGCCGGUCCAUGAAGCCGAAGCGCCCAGCUUUGCUGGAGCCAUUGGUCUGAAAAUCAUCAGUGCCAGCGCGCUGCUGGUUGAGGCCCUGGUUCGGACCCAGCCCGAUGGCUACGAAGGCCCGCCGCCACCAGAUGAGGUCGCUCAGGCGUAUGCCCUGUUAAACCUCCCGCUCAGCGCUCUGCGGAGCGAUGUGCAGCGACGCAGUCGUGCACUAGCUCGCGAGCGGCAUCCGGACAAGGCUCCGCCCGAUCAGCGAGUCCGGGCAACUCGCCUCUUUCGUCAGUUGCAAGAUGCCAAGGAGAUAAUUUUGUCCUGGCUGCAGCAGAGAAAUGUUCCAGUGUUGGAUGAGUCAGACGACUCACCUUGUCUAGAUAGUGCCGACGAAUGCGAGGAGGAGCCUUGCAGGCCGCCUGACGUUGUGUUCGGCGAGGCCGGAGAUGUUCUGGCAGAUUUUGACCAAGAUGGCUCCGGCGGCGAGUCGGCGCAAGAGGAUGAGAAGGCAGCCUGCGUCUACAAAGGGCGGGGGGACUCGCCUGACACUGUGUCCAGUAGUGAAAGUGGCGACGAGAAGGCAGAAACCGCCCUGGCAUUGCGCAGCAGAGGGAUAGUUCGAACGGAGGACUCGGCUCUGGUGCAGGCCACAGCGCUGAGUCACUUCAUGGCGUCCCAGAGGAGACGUCCGCAGGAAAUGUGCAGCGAGUGCUUUCAGCGGAAGGUGAGCAGAGGCUCAGACCUGUGUUCAGAGUGCCACGAUGAAAUAAGUCAGCUUCGGAAGUGCCUCAAAGCAUGA